ACUGAGAGAGAGCAGGACAGAGCUCCCUCACCGGGUUACUGAGAGAGAGAGAGAGCAGGACAGAGCUCUUACUGAGAGAGAGGACAGAGAUCCCAUGCCGGGUUACUGAGAAAGAGAGAGGCAGCAACAGCCCCAGCAUUGGCUAUUGAGAGACAGCAAGCAGCAUCCGGAAUACCGAUAACUGGCGGACGAAAUUCGAAUGUGUCCCGCCGUCCCGCAGGAACAGGUAGUCAAGGAAACGCGAAGCAACGACAGGGGAGGAGAUGGAAAAUCAUCCCUUAGCCGAAAGGUCAGAGAUCCACAUAGAUGCUCCAGCCAUGGCCGAAGACUCGGACAUCACUGCCACCGACCCGCCCGCCCUGUGUUCCGGCGGCUCCGAUCUUGAAUGUAUCAUCUGCUUCAGUCCCUUUGACAACGUCUUCAAGCUGCCAAAGCUGCUGGCCUGCGGGCACACCUUCUGCCUCGAGUGUCUGGCCAGGAUCAACGUGUCCUCGGAGAACAUCAACUCGGUCACGUGCCCCAUGUGCCGGCACCCCACCCCGCUGCCCUCCGGCAAGGGGCUGCCGGCCCUGGACAACAACCAGGCCGUCCUGUCCAGGCUGCCCUCCAGCAUGCAGAGCGUCCCCUCGAUCCGUUUCAGCCGCGAUAAGGGGAAACUCUACACCAAGAGCCCGGAGCCUGGAUCCUUCCUCAAGCCCGUCCACCUCAGCAGUGUCAGCAUGAGCCUGGACGUGGGGCAGCCGGCACCCCGCAGUACGGACUCCGCGCCAAGGCACCUGGAGUGGCUGCCCGUCCGCUCCAGCUGGUGUUACUACGUCGCCAUCGGGUUCGUGCUGCUAUUCACCAUCGCCCUCGUGUUGUCGGGGAUCUUUCUUUUCGUCAUCAUGCCAACCCGUCCCCCUGGCAGCAACCUCAACGGGGGAAACUCGACGGAAUCUCAAGCUGGGUAAGACCCAUGGUAGCUUGUUGUCUCUGAAGGAUGAAUGGACCAGUGCCAAUGACUCACUUAGAACUCAAGCCCAUAGCCCCAGCUGCAUUGUUCCCACUUUGCCUUCAUCACGUUCUAACAUUUCUGAUCGCCGGAGACUGUAUGAAGCCAAUGCUGAGCACAGCUCAGACAGACCUGCUGAGGUCUCCAAUAUCCUGCCUGGAGUGCAUUGCUGCAGCUUUACGCCAACUGGCACUAAGAACAAAUCAUAGACUUUCUUCGCUAUUUGUAUUUAUAUAAAGCCCUCGAGUGAGUAAAAUGUCCCAGUAAGGCAUUUCACAGUUGUGACGAUCAAGACAAAAUCUGACUGUGAGCCACAUGAAGAGACUCUGGGGACAUUUGACCGCACAUUGUUCAAAGGGGGUGGGCAUGGAGGUACAUUUUACAGGAGGAGAAAGGGGUGAAGAGGUUUAGGAAGGUUUUUCUAGAGCUUAUGUCCUCAGCUGCUGAAGAGGCUCAGCUAUCAGUGGGGGGACAAUGAAAAAUCACAUGGAGCCAGAAUUGGAGCUGUGCAGCAAUAUCAACGGGUUGUAGGGCCGGCAGAGGUUACAGAGAUAGAGAAAGAGAUGGGGCCGUGGAAGGUUUAAAACAAGGAUGGCAAUUUUGGACUUGAGGCUUUGCCACACCAGGAAUCAGGGUAGGCCAGUAAGUACAGGAGAGGUGAGUGAACAGCACUUGAACCCAGUUUAGAUUAGGGCAGCAGUGUUUGGGAUGAGCUCGAGUUCCUGGGAUGCUGGACAGGGUGAGCAUUGGAAUAGUCAAAUCUGGAAGUAACAAAGUCAGAGAUGAGCGUUUCAGCAGCAGAUGAGCCGCGUCAGGAGUGGAGGCCUACUAUGUUACGGAGGUGGAAGUGACAAGAGAGAAUAUAGCGAUUGGAAGCUGAACUGAGAACGUGUAACGUUGUAAGUGAUUCAAAUGCAACUCUAAUCCAAGCGAGCGCGAAGGAAUCAUCUCGCUGUAUUGAUUGCCCAACUGCUUCAGAAAAUGCAACUGCGAAACCAAAGACAUGAAUCAAGCUUCAGGGCAGACAGGACAUCGACAGGAGCCACUUUCUGGCUAUGCACUAGGUCACUGAUUUUCCCUUAGGCUCGGGCACACGGCACCUCAUGCCCUCAGGGAUCGCUCACAAUCUUUGCAUGUUGCCAGACCUCUUCCGGUGACCACCUGCUGCACAGUGACUCUUGUGGGAGUCUCUCUGGCGAGGCUGUAUAUUACUCGCGUGUUUUGAAUGGGAUUAUCCCCUCCUACUUUGUGGGGGGGGGGGGGUCGCUGUUGACUACAAGAACUCGGCAGACCUGCUGCCACGAGUUGGGGCUCCACACACACAGACUCUCGACGUGCACCCCUUUAUUCUAAUUGCCUAACUCGAAUCCAGAUUCAUAAAUUCAGCUGCGAUCUAGUGCAUCGGCUGCGUAGGAGUGCAAUAACACACGCAUAUUUUAACAGGGUGUGGAGUUAUUCGAAAGUUUCUAUCAGCACCCAAUCAGUAGCUGAACUAGAUUUGUUCCUUCCAUAACAAAAACAGAAUUACCUGGAAAAACUCAGCAGGUCUGGCAGCACCGGCGGAGAAGAAAAGAGUUGACGUUUCGAGACCUCGUGAUCCUUCACAAAAACAGAAUUACCUGGAAAAA